CAAAAAAAGCAGAUAGCAUGUAAAUGCAUGCAAAAAUCACAUUUUCUACUCAUGAUUAACUGUAUUAUUAUCAAGAGCGUACUUUAAUUUUGUUGUGUAUCAAAACCUCAUCACAAUGGCGAAUAGUGAAGUAUCAGCCGAAGUCAACGAAGCCGGAGAGAAGGUGGUAACACAGGAGGACAUAGAGGCUGCAGAAAAACUCAAAAACGAAGCAAAUACCUUCUUUAAAAAUCAACAUUAUAAUGAAGCUAUUGAGUUGUAUUCGAAAGCAAUAGAGAAGAACCCAAAAAGCGCCGUAAUGUAUGCAAAUAGGAGUAUAGCUAAUAUGAGAAUGGAAAACUUUGGCUAUGCUUUAAGUGAUGCAUCCAAAGCAAUAGAACUAGACAGGACUUAUACUAAAGCAUACUACAGACGAGCAGCCGCUUAUAUGUCUUUAGGAAAGUACAAACUAGCUCUUAAGGACUUUGAAUUUGUUACUCAAGCAAGGCCUAAUGAUCAAGAUGCAAAGAUGAAAUACAAUGAAUGCAAUAAAAUUGUUAAGAAAAUAGCAUUUGAGAAAGCCAUAUCCGUUGAUAAGAAGGAAGUCAAUAUUGCUGAUUCCAUUAAUUUAGAUUCUAUGACAAUUGAGGAAGAAUACACGGGCCCCAGCUUAGAAGAUGGUAAAGUCACACUUAAGUUUGUGACUGACCUAAUGGAACAUUACGUAGCCCAGAAGAAACUACAUAGAAAAUAUGCCUACAAGAUCCUUAUAGAUGUAAAAGCAUACCUGAUGAAGCAACCUUCACUAGUAGACAUAAAUGUACCAGAGGACCAGAAGUUUACAGUUUGUGGAGACAUCCACGGCCAGUUUUACGAUCUUAUGAACAUUUUCAAAUUGAACGGUCUACCGUCUCCACAGAAUCCAUACCUGUUUAACGGUGAUUUUGUUGAUCGGGGAUCUUUCAGUGUAGAAUGUAUAUUCACACUGUUCAGCUUUAAAUUGUUAUAUCCGGAUCACUUUUUCAUGUCCAGAGGGAACCACGAGACCUUAGACAUGAACAGGGUGUAUGGUUUCCGAGGGGAAGUGACCUCCAAGUACACCUCACAGAUGGCAGAUCUCUUCACCGAGGUAUACAACUGGCUACCGCUCGCCCACUGCAUAAACAACAGAGUGCUAGUCAUGCACGGCGGGCUGUUCUCCAAAGAUGAUGUCAUGUUGGACGACAUUAGGAAGGUGGAGAGAAAUCAGCAGCCGCCUGAGGAUGGUAUAAUGUGCGAGUUGCUCUGGUCUGACCCUCAACCUAUGGCCGGUCGGGCGCCGUCCAAGCGUGGCGUCGGCUGCCAGUUCGGCCCCGACGUCACCGCCAACUUCCUGCAGCGGAACCGCCUGGACUACAUCAUCAGGAGCCACGAGGUUAAGAACGACGGGUACGAGGUGGCGCACGACGGCAAGUGCAUCACGGUGUUCUCCGCGCCCAACUACUGUGACACAAUGGGUAACCUCGGCGCUUUCAUCACGAUGAACGGCAAGGACCUCACACCUAACUUCACUACUUAUAAAGCGGUGCCACAUCCGGACGUGCAGCCGAUGGCAUAUGCGCACUCCUUCCUCAACAUGAUGUGCCAAUGAUCCGCAUGGCAAUAGACCACAGGUCUACGAUGUAAAAUAAACACUAGAUAGACUAACUAGGUAAAAUAAUUAGGUGCGCAAUAUUCUAAAACCUGUAAGGACGGUAAUCACAGUAUAAAUGCAUACAGUAGAGUUACAGUGUCCUUGAAAUCAUACUGACUCGAUACUGCAGUAUUUUGCUACUGUAGGCUAGAAGUUCAAGAAGAGAACUCCGUCUUAAAAGGCCGGCAACUCUUCUGAUGUUGGGAGGGUUCAUGGGCGACGGCAGUUGAUUUCCAUCAGGUAACCCGUUUACUCGUUUGCCGCUUAAAUAAUAAAAAUGCUAGUCCGAUUCAGGCUGACUUGUAUGAACAGUCUGUAUCUACUGUAUAAUAUAUUUAUACUGUGGUAGUGUCUUAUUAAGUUUUUAAUCGAACUAGAUAUUGCUUGAGGCACGCAGGGUAUUGUCACAUGCAGGUUGUAUAGCAAUAAGACUAUAGUCUACUCUCGUUCACAAGACAGUAGAGAGGGAUAAAUCACUCAAUUUAUGUCAUUCAAACCAUUUUUUAAAGAGUAAAAUUGGCUUACUUUAGUAUUAAAAUGCUUACAGUAUUCCAAGGCUUUAAAUGAAUGUGUCAGUGGGCGCUGCUGGUA